UCUAGUGCAGAGCUUCAUGAAAGCCUGUCGUUGCCCUCUUCUUUCGUACCAGAAGUUUCGCGGUAUUUUGUGGAAAGUUGGGGAAAUCGAAAAAGGAUCGAUUACGCUCUUUUUAAUGAUUUAAUUUGGUUUAGACUAUGCCUAGAAAAGUUGGGGUUGAUAGGACCUGAUGAUUAUAAUAUACCUGUUGACGAAAGAUAUAUAGAAGUAAUGCGGAACCUUCAAUUUAAUUAUUGGCUUGAACCAGCAGGAUCUCACGGGGUAUGGGGACUGGAUGAUUAUCACUUUCUACCUUUUAUGUUUGGGUCCGCUCAAUUGAUAGGUCACAAAUACAUUCGUCCAAAGUCCAUUCAUGACAAGGAUAUUGUGGAUGAGUAUUCAAAGGAAUACAUGUAUUUGGCCUGCAUCAAAUUCAUCAAUUCAGUUAAAACUGCAUCUCUUCGUUGGAAUUCACCAAUGUUAGACGAUAUAUCUGGUGUUCGCGAAUGGAAAAAAGUUAAUGAGGGAAUGCUCAAAAUGUACAAAGGGGAAGUUCUUGCGAAACUGCCAAUCAUGCAACAUUUCAUGUUCGGAUCCCUAAUAUAUUUUGAGGGAAGCGCGGAAUCGGAAUUUCCAAGUUGUUGUGGCAUAAAAAUUCCAAGCGCCAUUGGGGCGAGUCAGAUGAACGUUAAGGAAGGUUGUGCUAGGAGGCUACCGUUCGACUAG